GGCCAGCAAGCUAGCAGGGUUGGGGGACAAGAAGCACCCCUGGGCCCCCAUGGGUUUUCCACUGGGUUUGCUGCCUUCUACCUUCUCAGCUGGCGGAAAGGCUGUGCCUCUGAGCACAAGAGCCAACUUUCUCGACUGAAGGACAAAGACCCUGAGUUCUACAAGUUCCUGCAGGAGAACGACCAGAGCCUGCUUAACUUCAGCGACUCAGACAGUUCUGAGGACGAGGAGGAGCAGUUUCACACCCUGCCAGAUGCACUGGAGGAAGCAAGUGAGGAGGAGGAUGGAGCAGAGGGUGGAGAGGAUGGCGUCCCCAUAGGGCUGAAGAAGAAGAGGGAUUCUGUUCCUGUGACCCUUGCCAUGGUUGAGAGGUGGAAGCGGGCGGUGAAGCAGCACCUCACUCCAAAGCUGUUCCAUGAGGUUGUGCAGGCAUUCCGUGGAGCUGUGGCCACCAUCCAAGGAGAUCAGGAAAGUGCCGAGGACUGCAAAUUCCAGGUCACAGACAGUGCUGUGUUCAAUGCUCUGGUCACUUUCUGCAUCAGAGACCUCUUUGGCUGUCUCCGGAAGUUGCUGUUUGGAAAGACACCAAAAGACAGCAGUAGGACGCUGCAUCCAUCCAGCAGCCCGCUCUGGGGGAAGCUCCGCGUGGACAUCAAGGCAUACCUGAGCUCCGUCACACAGCUGGUGACCUGUUUGGCGGAAGCAACGGUGUUGGCAGCUGUCCUGCGGCACGUCAGCUGUCUGGUGCCUUGCUAUCUGACCUUCCCCAAGCAGUGCCGCAUGUUGCUCAAGAGGAUGGUGGUCAUCUGGAGCACUGGGGAGGAGUCCCUGCGGGUGCUGGCCUUCCUGGUCCUUGCCCGAGUCUGCCGGCAUAAGAAGGAUGUCUUCCUAAGCCCUGUUCUCAAGCACAUGUACAUCACGUACGUAAGGAACUGCAAGUUCACCUCGCCCAGUGCCCUGCCCCUCAUCAGCUUCAUGCAGCGGACGCUGACCGAGCUGCUCGCCCUGGAGCCGGGCGUGGCCUACCAGCACGCCUUCCUCUACAUCCGCCAGCUGGCCAUCCACCUGCGCAACGCCAUGGCCACCCGCAAGAAGGAGACGUAUCAGUCUGUGUACAACUGGCAGUAUGUGCACUGCCUCCACCUGUGGUGUCGGGUCCUGGGCGUCCUGUGCCCCAACGAUGCCCUCCAGCCCCUGGUCUACCCUCUGGCCCAGGUUAUCAUUGGCUGCAUCAAGCUGGUGCCCACCGCGCGCUUCUAUCCGCUGCGCCUGCACUGCAUCCGUGCCCUGACGCUACUCUCGGAGAGCACAGGGAUCUUUGUCCCAGUCCUACCCUUCAUCCUGGAGGUGUUCCAGCAAGUUGACUUCAACCGGCGGCCCGGGCGCAUGAGCCCCAAGCCCAUCAGCUUCUCUGUGGUCCUGAAGCUGUCCAGUGUCAACUUGCAGGAGAAGGCGUACCGGGAUGGCCUGGUGGAGCAGCUGUGUGACCUCACACUGGAGUACCUGCAGGGCCAGGCUCACAGCGUGGCCUUCCCCGAGCUGGUGCUGCCCGCAGUCCUGCAGCUGAAGUCCUUCCUCCGUGAGUGCAAGGUGGCUAACUACUGCCGGCAGGUGCACCAGCUGCUUGCAAAACUGCAGGAGAACUCAGAGCACAUCUGUUGCCGCCGCCAGGGUGUCUCCUUUGGCGUGUCUGACUGUCAGGCAGUGGAUGCCUGGGAGAGGCAGAUGCGGGUGGAGGGGACCCCGCUGACCAGGUACUACAGCCACUGGCGGAAGCUGAGGGACCGGGAGAUUCAGCUGGAGAUCAGCGGCAAGGAGCGGCUGGAAGACCUGAACUUCCCAGAGAUCAAGCGGAGAAAGGUGACAGAGAGGAAGGACGAGGACAGGAAGGAAUUUAAGGACCUCUUUGACCUGGAUAGUGCUGAAGAAGAGGAUGUCCAGGGCUUCUCAGAGAGAGGUGGGGCCGCCUCAUGGGCUCUGAGGGAAGGCGGGUGUGUGUGCGCCCUCGGUCUUUCUGCAGGUGGAAGCCCAGGCGUGGAGGGGGGCCUGGCCCCCGGGGAGCUGUGGCGGCUGGCCCAGGGGCCACUGGACGAGGUGGAGGACCUGCAGCUCUCGGAGGAGGACUGAGGCCCUCCCACCGCGCGUCCCCCUCCUGGCAGUCUCUGGAAGGGCCUGUGCUGGCCUCGGUGCAGUGGGGAAGACUAGAAGGUGGACAGGCUUUAUUUUUACAGCAUGAAAGACCAAACAUGUCGUGAGCUGUGCUGGUCCCUGGCACAGCCGCUGGGGACGGGACCACGCGGGCCUGCCUGCUGCCCAGUCCUGCAGCGGGGGGGCGGAGCGAGCUCAGCCCCCAGGGGCGGCUGGCCCUGACGGCAGCAUGUGGAAACAGCCCCAUGUGGAAACAGCCCCGGCUGCCGGGAAGGCUGCGGCCCUCUCCCUUCCUCAGCCACCUCUGUCUUCGGCUGGGCUGCAGAUCUCAGCAGCCCCGGGCUCUGCAGGCACCCCAAGAAGUCUCUGGAAACUGGCUCCCUUCCCCUUGGCUCACAUUUUCCUUUUAAAACCUUUUUGCAUUAAAACCAAACGGAGAACUAA